UAUUAUUGGUUAGGGCUCAAUCUAAAGUGUUGUUAGUUUUAUUUUUAGAAUUGUAUACGAAUUAUAUACUUAUAUAAAAACGUGUAAAAUGAUGACAUGAAGAAAGCAUGGAAAAUUGUCAUUAACCAUCGUAGUUUGAUAAAAGUGAAAUUUAUUGAAUCUGAGAAAGUAUUUGCUAGAUAAUGAUUUCUAUUGUAGAUGUAAUAUGCCUUUCAAUUAAUAGAAUGAUAUUAUUAGUUUUAAAAGAAAAAAAAAAUCAUGUCAAACUAUAAAAGAGAUAUCAUCAAAUUGAAAAGAAAAAUUGCUUUGUCAAAAACAAAAAAGAGGAAAAGUGUUGCUCAUAAAUAGCAAAAAAUUGUAACUGUAAAUCCUUGUCUAAUUGAAAGGCUAACCGGAUAUAUCUCAAGUAACACAACUACAUACACAAUAUUCAUGGAAAAAACAAAGAAAAACACUAAUCCUCUACCAUUACCAUAUUUCCAAUUCCUUAUCUUCCUCAAUUUUCAAUUUUAUUGCUAAUAUCUUCUAUUCUUAGCCUCUUUUUGUUUUUUCAUCUUUCUCUCUCCCCUUUCAUCCCCUUCUUUGUGUUCUUCCCUUAUGCCAUCAAAAUUAUUGUUUUUGCCUUUGACCUUUCUCUUUAUGAAGAGAGGUCUAGGUCACACAUUUCAAUCACUAUCCUUCUUGUAAAGGGCGGUAUCAUCUGCCCUUUACACACCACAAUCUACAUGAUCAUAUGGCUUCUAUGCAAAACCAACUGCGCCAUUCUCUUUUUUUCUUGUUCAUUAUCUUCCUCCACAUUGCCAUUUCUUAUAGCGCGUCUUCCUCAUCAGACGAUGCAAAUGCCCUACUAACGUUCAAGAAAACCCUAAAGGACGAGUCUAAUGCUCUUUCGAGUUGGGAUCUCUCUACAUCUCCAUGUUUUGAGAACAGGAAUAAUUGGGUUGGUAUCAUUUGCUCGCGAGCUGGUAAUAUUUGGGGGUUAAGGCUCGAAAACAUGGGAUUAUCCGGAUCCAUCGACAUUGAUUCCCUUGUCAAAUUAUCAAAAUUACGGUCCAUAAGCCUUAUGCACAAUAAUUUUAGUGGUGAAUUGCCUGAUUUUAGGAAGCUAAGAAUGUUGAAAGCAUUAUUUUUGUCAUAUAACAACUUUGAAGGUGUUAUUCCUCCUAAUGCAUUUGAAGGGAUAAGACGUUUAAGGAAAAUUCAUUUAUCAUUUAACAAAUUUAGUGGCGAAAUUCCUAAUUCUUUGGCAACAUUACAAAAACUUGUGGAGGUAACUCUUCAGGGUAACCAAUUUCAAGGAAAUAUUCCAGAUCUUAAAUCAACACAAACUCUUCAAGUUUUUAAUGUUUCGAAUAAUCAAUUACAAGGUCCUGUUCCUACUAACCUUUCCAGAUUUGAUCCAAGUGCCUUUUCAGGCAACAAAGAUUUAUGUGGACCGCCUCUAAAUGCAUGCCCACCGUCGUCGUCGUCGUCGUCCUCUGACCGGAAGAUAAAUACCGCACAACCAUCACCGGCGAAAUCAUCAGAUAAACCAGUGCCAAUAGCAAUCAUAGCAGUUGGAGUAGGAAUGGCAAUUCUUUUAGCAAUUUUAAUCAUUUUAAUUGUCAUUCGCAAUAAUCGAUCCAGGAAGAAGAACAACAACAACAUCAACAAUAACAACAAUAACAACAACAUGCCUUCUUCAACGUCGAAUUUACCAAAGAAAGCCAUGGUGGAACACGGCGAAGAAGAAGGCCCUAAUAGAAGCACAAACAUUGUAGGUGGUGGUGUAGGCCGAAACAAUAAAAGCGGCGAAAAUGUUGGGAAAUUAACAUUUGUAAGGGAUGAUAGGGAGAAAUUUGAGUUGUCAGAUUUACUAAAAGCUUCAGCUGAAAUAUUAGGAAGUGGGAGCUUUGGAUCUUCGUAUAAGGCGACGUUGAAUAAUGGAAAUUCGGUUGUUGUGAAGAGGUUUAAGCAAAUGAAUAAUGUUGGAAGAGAAGAAUUUCAAGAACAUAUGAGAAGAUUAGGGAGGUUGUCACACCCUAAUUUACUUCCUCUUGUGGCUUAUUAUUAUAGAAAAGAAGAGAAACUCUUUGUUAGUGAUCCUGUUCAAAAGGGUAGCCUUGCUCUCCUCCUUCAUGGUCAAACUCGAGGAACACCAACCUUAGAUUGGCCAACACGAUUGAAGGUAAUCAAGGGAGUAGCAAGGGGUCUUUCCUACCUAUACAAAGAGCUAGCUUGCUUAGUUGCACCUCAUGGCCACCUUAAGUCAUCAAAUGUUCUACUAAACGCCUCGUAUGAGCCUCUACUCGGAGAUUAUGCAUUAAUCCCUCUCAUUAACCAAGAAACCGUGCAAGAAAUGAUGAUAGCCUACAAAUCACCCGAGUAUUUCAACAACGGUCGCAUCACCAAGAAAACCGACGUGUGGUCACUUGGUAUCUUAAUCAUAGAAGUGUUGACGGGCAAAUUUCCGGCGUCAUACUUACAACAAGGGAGUGAAGUUGAUAUGACAAUUUGGGUAAGAUCAGUAAUAAAUGAUGGAUAUGACAAUAAUAUGGGACUAACAAGAAAUAGUGAGGGUGAAAUGCAAAAAUUACUAAACAUUGGAAUGGCAUGUUGUGAAAGAAAUGUUGAUAAGAGGUUGGAUAUUAAGGAAGCUUGUGUAAGGCUAGAGGAGGUACGAGAACGAGACCGUGACGACGACGAUUUUCACUCGACGUGUGCUAGUACGGAAGCUGAUCAUCGUUCGUCUAGAGGAACGUCCGAAGACUUUGCUGUGAUCAUCAAUUAGAUGUGUUUCCUAACAUGCAAUGCUUACUCCUCGUAUAUCAAAAGGGCUAGACGUUAGUUGUUACCUUAUCGCGAAAUCCAAAACUUAUGUCCCACUUUUUAUGUUCCACAAUUGUGUUCUUACUUGUUGGUACACGCAACUAUUCAAGCCCAAACCCUUAUUUGAUUAAUUUAUGAAAAUAUUAAAAUGAACCAAUUCAAAUGAGUGGCGGCAUACAGGUAAUACUACAUCAAAAGUGGGACAAAGAUUUUUGUUAAGUAGUUAUUGUAAAUAUUAAUUCUUUGUCUUUUUUCAUUGUGUGUAUUUAAAUCAGUUCGUUUCGAUAAUUUUUAGUGAAUUAUGUUAG